CCACAACGAAACGGAGCGAUGGACCACGUCCGUACGUUUUCGACCCUUCUUUUUGGAAAACACAACCGAAAAAACGUUCUCCGAUGUCAACCGACACCAGACCGAUCCCCUCACUUUAUUACCGGAUUGUCCUCAAACAGCCAAACCAAACCAAACCAAACCAAACCAACCAGGUCCCAACAACACCGGGAACCACCGUAUUUCACGAGAACACAAAACAAAAGACAAAACACGCAAACAAAAUGGUCGUCGCAGCCGGUGCCUUGGUACAGAAAAUGGUGAUCGCGGCCUUUGCCGGAAUGGGGGCCGCCACCAUCUGCCACCCCCUCGACGUCAUCCGCGUCCAGAUGCAAACCGAGGGGUCCGACUACAAGGGAACCAUCGACUGCGGCUCCCAGAUCGUCGCCCGCAACGGAAUCAAGAAGGGCCUGUACGCCGGGAUCUCCGCCGCGUACCUGAGGCAGUGGCUCUACGGGAGCUGCCGCAUCGGGAUCUACGCCUUUUUGCUGGAGCAGGCGCAGACGAAAAACCUCGACGCCGGCCUGCCCAAGAACCAGAUCGCCUUCGGCACCAAGCUCCUGAUGGGAAUGACCAGCGGGGGAAUCGGUAGCUUCGUGGGAACCCCCUCCGAGCUGUCGCUGGUGAGAAUGUCCAACGACAGCAAGCUCCCCGAGAAGCAGCGGAGAAACUACAACGGCGUGGUGGACUGCGUCCGGCGCAUCGCCACCGAGGAGGGAGUCACCAAGCUAUGGACCGGUGGAACGGUCACCGUCAUGAGGGCCAUGGUCUUGUCGGCCUGCGUCCUGGCGUGCUCCUCCGAGAUCAAGCUCAAGCUGAUCGCCACCGGGAUCUUUGGCACCGAGGGAAACCUCAUGUUCGGGGGCUUCCCCCUCCUCUUCGUCGCGACCCUCGUCUCGUCCUUCAUCGCCAACAUCUUCUCGAAUCCAUUCGACGUCGUCAAGAGCCGCGUGCAGAACCAGAAAGCCGAUCCGAAAACCGGAGAAUUGCCGUACAAGAGCACCCUCGACGGUUUCCUGAAGAUUAUUGGCAACGAGGGAGUCCCGAAGCUCUGGGCCGGAUUCACGCCCGCCUUUGUCAAGCUGGCCCCCUACACGAUCAUCAGCCUGAUCCUCACCGAGAAGAUCACCAUGGUCAUCACCGGAAAGUCCGCCCUCUAGGGAUCGAAGAAGAAGACCUUUGCGGUGCUUCUGUCGCACCACGAGUGCGUGGCACUCCUUCUCGACGGAGACCACGGGCGGUGCACGUUUUGGCGACAGAUGCGUGUGCCCGCCCGCCGUGGACACGCCUGCGCACCAAAGAAGGAAUGCCCGGAGGCAGGACGGUGUUCUGUCGCCAUAGCUUGUAUGGACGUAACAAUAAUUGCACCAAAUCUGU